AUGUCUAAGCCAACUGUGGGCUUUGUCGGUCUAGGAGCCAUGGGCUUCGGCAUGGCUACCCACCUCGUCAAGGAAGGAUACCCCGUUCACGGCUUUGAUGUGUUCCCCGCCUCGGUCGAGCGCUUCAAGGCUGCGGGUGGGAUGCCCGCAGAUUCGCUGCAGGAUUCUGCUAGCGGGAAGCAAUACUAUGUCUGCAUGGUGGCAUCGGCGCCCCAGGUACAAACGGUGCUCUUUGGAGAGGGAGGAAUAGUGUCUGCUCUCCCUCAAAAUGCGACUCUCCUUCUCUGCUCUACUGUCCCGGCAUCAUAUGCCCAGUCCGUCGCCGCCGAACUGCAAUCGCGCGGUCGGGGAGACAUCCACUUCAUCGACUCCCCCGUAUCCGGCGGCGCCAAGCGCGCCGCUGACGGGACGCUGUCAAUCAUGGCGGGCGCACCCGCUGCAUCACUCGAGAGCGGCCGGUUUCUUCUCGAGGCUAUGUCGGAUGCGAACAAGCUGUACCUAGUCCCAGGAGGGAUUGGCGCAGGAAGCAAUAUGAAGAUGGUGCAUCAGGUUCUGGCGGGCAUUCAGAUUCUCGGUGGUAGCGAGGCGAUGGGUUUCGCGGCCCAGUUGGGACUGGACGCAACUAAGACGGCGGAGGCUAUCAAGUCGUCCGAUGCGUGGUCGUGGAUGCAUGAGAACCGCCUGCAGCGCAUGUUGGAGGAGGAUUGGCACCCUGGUGCUAGUGCGCUGACGAUCAUCCUGAAGGACGUGUUCCCCACUCCGCUCUGCUCCACAGCCGAGCAGGUUUAUCUCUCUGCCCUCCUACAAGGAUACGGGCCAGUCGAUGAUUCUUCUAUGGUCCGCCAGUAUUUCUCCGAACCCAUUAUGAAAGUGGCCUGCACCAAGUCUGCCGAGGAAACAGCCGAGUCCCUGCAGCUGGUUCUUGAUAUGAUGGAGGUGACAAACACUGUCGCUGCAGCCGAGGCUAUCGCAUUUGCCCGCUACCUGAAAGUCGAUCUCAUGCAGUUUUUCACGCUUGUCAGUGAUGCGGCGGGGUCCAGUCGGGCUUUCAUGACCAAAGGCCUAGAAAUUGUUGAGGGUCGGGUCGGACAGAACACCGAGACGGUCAACGAUGCGAUCCGGCGUCUGGAAAAGGCGGUGCAACGGGCUCGGGACUUGCAUUGUCCGCUGCAUCUGGGCAAUGCGGCGAUGAAUGUUCUAUUUAUGGCUAAGAAGGCCGGGUUUGGGGCUGAGGGUAGCACGAGUGUGAUCAAAGUGUAUGGCAAUUAG